CAGCCUGGAAGUCCAUCGUUGCUGUUCGUCUUUAACUCGUCGUAAAUUUCCUUAUAGAACGCACUAGCUCAAACAAAUGGCGAAUUUUCAUGUAUUCUUUGUGAGUGACUUAAGAAUAAGAGCUAAGGGUGAUUUAAAUAUAGUUGUUCGCGUUUUUGACGGAUUCAGGUGACGAAUUAAGUAACCCGUCAUCCAAUACACAGGUGCGCAAUGUUUCUGAUUCUGAUAACUUCAAGUGAGUGAUUGAAUCCGGCAAGAGGAGGAGAGUCCCGGUUGGUCCUCCCCGGGGAAGCGAGAGGGUGGGAUUUCAGUGAUAACACAAACCAAUCAACCUCCGCUAUAGGGGCAAUAUCUUGAAACGAGCAAUACACACGGGUGACACAGGUUCAUUUAUUGGGUCCGUUGAAUUACUGCUGAUUGUUAAGGUUAUCCGCCACAGUUAUACGACAACGACGACGACGUGGGGGACAAAACUCUUCGGACAAUCCAAAGUGGCCGGCAGUCGUUGUCGGGAUACGAUUCUUAGAGCAUCCAUCUUAAGUACGUCCUAAACCGGGAUUUGUUGGAAUAAUUUCGGGGUGAUUGCGUUGAUGAGUCGCACGAACUGUCGUCAUUCGUGAAAGUGAAAGCUAGACUGAGUGAUUACCGUAAAAGUGAUAUACAUAUCUUAAUCGGACAGAGAUUUCCUGAAUUCCUGAACGCUGCGACCUACUUUGCGUAACUUACCCGGGAGACGAUGAGCAGCUUCGUGGUGAGUCAUGUGGCCGGUGAAUCCGGCCGGAAGCUACCCCAGUAUGUGGCCGGUUUGGCUGCAUCUGGUGGGGCACUGGCUGCCGGUACCUUCCUCGGAUGGACAUCUCCGGCCGAAAUUCCUCUGGUUCAACAGCAAGAUUAUGGUUUCACCAUCACAUCGGAACAGUUUUCGUGGAUUGGAUCGAUGGCCAACCUGGGUGCGGCGGCGGUUUGUUUCCCCAUCGGUAUCCUGAUGAAGAUGAUUGGCCGGAAAUGGGCCAUGUUGACGAUGGCCCUGCCUCUGAUCCUCGGCUGGUUGCUGAUCAUAUUUGCCUCCAAUGUGGCCAUGAUGAUGGUUGGACGGUUUUUCCUCGGUGUUGGCGGUGGAGCGUUCUGUAUUUCGGCUCCUACUUAUACGGCUGAGAUUGCCCAGGCUUCGAUUCGAGGAACUAUGGGAUCAUUCUUCCAGCUGCUGGUGACCGUUGGUAUCCUGUUUGUGUAUGCCGUAGGCGCCGGAGUCAGUGUGCAGGUUCUGAGCAUCAUUUGCGGAGUCAUUCCGAUUGCGUUCGCGGCGAUCUUCUUCUUCAUGCCGGAAAGUCCACAGUACUAUGUGGAAAAGGAACGCUACGACGACGCAUCCAAGUCUCUGAAAUGGCUCCGCGGAGAUCGCUACGAUGAACGCGCCGAAAUCGAAGAGCUGAAGGAAGAUCAAGCCAAGCUUCUCGCCGAUAAGAUCACCUUCGUCGACAGCUUCAAGCAGAAAACCACCAUCCGGGCCAUGAUCAUCUCCCUGGGACUGAUGUUCUUCCAGCAGAUGUCCGGUAUCAACGCCGUCAUCUUCUACACCGCCUCGAUCUUCGACGAAGCCAAUACCGGAAUGAAUGCCACUGAUGCCACAAUCAUCGUUGGAGUCAUCCAGGUCGUUGCUACGCUGCUGGCUACUUUCAUCGUCGAUAAAGCCGGACGACGAAUUCUGCUUCUGAUUUCAGCGGUUGCGAUGGCAGUUUCCACUACACUGCUGGCCGUAUUUUUCCAGCUCAAGGAAGACGACCCAUCCCAGGUGACCGAUCUCGGAUGGCUGCCGGUGAUGUCCGUUUGUUUGUUCAUCGGAGUUUUCUCGAUCGGAUUCGGACCGAUUCCGUGGUUGAUGGUUGGUGAGCUGUUCGCCAACAACGUUAAAGCCUACGUCAGUCCCCUGUCGGGAGUGUUCAACUGGAUGUUGGCCUUCUUGGUCACCAAAAUCUUCGGCAAUCUGCGAGAUGCUCUUGGAGCUGCUGGUGUUUUCUGGCUAUUUACCGGAUUCUCGGCCCUCGGGGCAAUCUUCGUAUUCUUCCUUGUUCCGGAAACGAAGGGUAUCUCGCUUGCCGAGAUCCAGCAAAUUCUGGGUGGUGAAAAGGUGAAGAGGAAUAGUGUUCAGAAAUCGGAAGAUACCGCCGAAGCCAGCAGGGUUGAGGCUUAGUCCGGGAAAAAAAUGGUUCCUUCACCAGACAGGGUACUGUCCAAAGUCUAAUUGUAAAUAAGAUAUUUCCUCUAAGUGGGCUGAGCAGUUGACGGCAGAACUUUCAUUCACCAAUAUGGACGGCUACGUGCAAUAGUAGUUACCAGGAAUGAGUUCAACGGGCAACAACCAAAGUCCAAAAGUACUGAAACAGUUUGUUUUUUUUUAUUAGAUCAACGCCUCACUAUUUUGAGUAUUUCUCUUUAACUAUUUCGAAGCAAUAGUUAAUUGUUGUAUACUUAUUUAGGGUUUAAGAAUAAAAUGUGCGACAAAAUACUGAUAAUGUAUAAGCUGUACAUUGUACAUGGAUAAUCAGUAAACGAACAAAAUAUUAUGAAUAAAGUAUGAUAUUCCAAAUAAA